CUUAAUUUUUUUUAAGAGAUAAAAUUGUCUUAAUUGUUUGAAUUAGCCUAACCUUUUUCACUCUCUUCUCCCUCAUCCUCAUAUUACAACCGCCAUCUUAACCCUUUUUCACUCUCGUCGCCUCUUACGUUGCGCCACCGCUCGUAACCCCGCCCCGUUCAACCUCACCAUUUCGGUAUUUCUCAUUAUUGUUACUUUCUCUACUCCUUUUUUUCAAUUCAUUACCACCAAUAAAGCUCUAAAUUGUGAGGUUUUGAUAGUUAAAUUUAACUUUGAAAAAUCUAGAUCUAUAGUUUGUUGCUUGAAUUGUGGAAAUUUUGUUGGAGGCUCCGAUAACAAAGAACUCGAACUCGGCCUACCUCAUAACGCGGACCCAUUAUUUGGUAGGUUUUGACUUCAGGUGGGGAUGCGGUGGUUGUGGCGGCGGCGGUAAUUGCUCAGCCGUUACGGGAUUCAUUCCCAAAUUAAAUUCCCCUUCUCUAUCACCUUUAUGAUUCCCACUAUUGCAUUUUCAGAGAAAAUCAAAGAAAACCAUAAUUGAAGUUUUGUAAGGUAAGUUUGGCGGCUGGAUUUUAGGAUUUGUGGGUCGUUUGGGGUUCGGGUGGUGGUGGUUUGUGGUGUUGACAGGGUUUGAUGGGUGUAGGGUGGUAUGGGUAAUAGCUCAUGGUGGUUGUGUGCAAAUGAAUUACUUUUGUUUAUCAACAAUUUUUAUGUUUCCCAAUGAAAUGAACUUUCAGUGAUUUAGAGGAAAAAAAGAAAAAUAAAAAUAAAAUUAUAAUUAGCUUUGUAACCGGUUACUGAAGGUCAGCUUGGAGUCCCCUCUUUCAAACAUUUGAAAGGUGAGUCCCCUAAACUUACAUUUUGGCAAAGUUUGGACCCUAGUAAUAUACUUUACUCGUCAAAUUUAGUUUUUAAUGUGGUGCAAAACCCUUAAAUUAUGUGAGAUUUAGUGGAAUUUGUUAGAUUAAAGCUCGUAUUUUGAAACUAAAUUAGCAGUAUUUUUUUUUUUUUCUUGAUGUUAAACCCUAAUUCCCUUGAAUUAAACCCUAACUCCCUCUCUGUCUCUCUCACAUCAUUUCGAUCGGCGACCUCUCAAAGUCCGACCGGAGUGACCGAGUGAGUGAGUGACCACCGAUUGAAGCAGAGUAACUGAGCAAGGUCAUCAAAUUCAGGGUGACUCACUAGCUCCGAAAUCUUGGAUCCGCCACUGCUGUUAUAUAGAUGGCAUUUAGAGGUAGAGGACGUGGGAGAGGAUUUGGUGGAAGUGACUUCAAGUUUGCCAAGCAAACAUCUUUUGUACUUUUUCCGGAUAUUGAGUUGCCUGACAGAACCAAUGUUCCUGAAGAGAAGGAUUUAGCAUUACGAAAUUAUAAGUUUCGGAACUACUUUCAAAACUCACCGUACCACCUUGAGGAAACAUUAUCCGGUGAAGGAGCUGUAGACAUUGAGCGAUAUUCUGAUAAGGUCAAGAAAAAAGGUAGAUUUGGUCGGUGCUCACUUUCUGAUUCUGGUUAUUUGAAACUUGAACCUGGAUAUUUUCCGCUAGAGCUUGUUCGAGGCACAAAAUUCAAGACUAGGAGGAAGGUUCAUUGGAAUCCAAAACGAGACCUUCAGAAGCUGGAUGUCCUGGAGGAACUUGAGAAGAAAUUUGAAAAUGAAGACUCAAAAGGCAAGAAAGAGAAAGAGAAAGAAAGUGACGAGGACGAGGAAGAAGAGGAGAAUUUAGAGGAAGAAGAAGAUGAUGUUGAGUCUGAUGAUGAUUACGGAAAGGGUGAAAAUUUUGAUGAUGAUGAAGAUGAUUACAACCCGAGUGAUGGUGGUGAUGAUGAAGCUGCCAUGUAGUAAUUGGCUGGUGCAUGCGGAGUGAUCCCUCUGAAUAUUGGAGGCACUACUGAUUACAGUUGCAUCAAGUAGACAGAUUCAGUUUUAAUCUUUCAGAUACAUCUUGCAGAGAGUAAUUUUUCCUUAGUGUUCCUUAAGUUUACUUUGUAAAUGGAAUUUUUGCCUGGUAUGACUAUUUACUGUAUAGGUUUUGAAGAGAUACUUCUAGGUUAGGUUAGGUUAAAUUAGUCUUGGUAAACAAAUUUGUAUGCCUUUUUUGAUGAUGAAGAUUAAUAAAAUGAUCAAUGUUUCAGCACAAUUGCACAAA